UUAUCGCAUGAGAGAUUACUUCAUCAUGUCACUAGCAGAGAAUUGAGUUUUCCAACCUUCGUGUCACCCCAUACUUUACCGCCUGUUCAUUGACAUUUUGUCGGCAAACAAAUUUUUCACCAUUUGCGGUUAAAUCCUAUAUGCUUUUUCAUACAAUUAUUACGCGAGUGAAAAUUUGUGAAAAUGGUGAUUGCAAAAGAAAUACUAACAGACUACAAGGAAGUCUAUGAAAAAGCUACAAAAUAUGUGAAUGAAGAAAGUAAAAAUGAUCCGCCAACAGAUCCUUUUCGUUCACAUUACGCUGCUCGCGAAUUGCUGCUACAAUUGAAGGAAAAUCUGAAAAACGCACUAGCCUCAGUGGUAGCUGAAGAGGCAGACGACGGACAAGAUGAUUUCACUUAUAUUGUGUUGCAUGCAUUCGUAUGCCAUGACCUUGGACGUAUCUAUGUGUUUACUGAAGAAAUUGAAACUGGUGAACGGCUGUUGCAAGAGAGUUUAGAAUCUAUUGAACCGUAUAAAAUGAAACCCGAGGCUAUUAUUCCCUAUGUGGGUGCACUCAAUGAAAUAGGCAUGGUGCAAGCGAAUCGUUCGGAAUAUAAGAAGGCUUUCGAAACACUAAACAAAUCUGAACAAGCGUAUAAGGAAUUUCUGAGCAUCGGCAAUAAGGCGAUAUGCAUCACUGACAUUUUCGGCACACCCGAAGAAAUUGAAGAGGGCAAAGGUACCAAAGAAUUAGAGGGCCUCUACACUCUGUGCACAUUUUAUUUGGCACAAACUUAUGGUCAUUUGGGUGAGCUGGAAAAGUCAGCACAAUACUGCCACCUCACAUUACGACGUCAAUUGGAUUCCAACACUUACGAGCCCAUUGAUUUUGCGCUUAAUGCCGCAACUCUCUCGCAAUAUUUUAUUGGUGAAAAUAUGUUCAAAGAGGCACGUCAUCAUUUGGCUGCUGCCACGCAUAUAAUGGCUGAGUAUGAGGCCAAUAUGUUGACGCCAGAGCUGACUGAACAACAGCGUGCCGAUGUUACAGAAACAUUCAAGCAUAGGUAUGCCGAUGUGGCACGCUGUUGGGCGAAAUAUGGACUGGCAUUGUUAAGUGCAUCCAAAGAGCGUUUGUAUAAUGAUGAGGAAGAAAAAGUAACAAAAGAUGUCAAACGACUCAACGUAGAUCCAAAUGCCUAUCGUUUUCCAAGUUUGAAAAUAGACUUAUACGAAAAUCGAGUCACAGCAGAUUACUGUUUAACCUUUGAUGAUGCUAAACCAGUGUAUCACUUUGUUUGCGACUGGCUGGACCAGGCAAAAGAUUAUUAUAAACCCGAAACCGAAGCAACCGAAUAUGCAAAGGUGAUUAAGGAUUUUGCUGAAUUAUAUCAGCAUAUAGCAUUUUUCGAAGAAGAUCCAGCAAAUCAAGCAAAAAUGCAAAAACGUCGUGCUAAAUACUAUGAAGAUUUACUUGAAUUGCUCAACCCAGUCUUCUAUAUGGGCAUAUGCCGUGAGUGCUGGUAUGGUGCAGGACUCUCGUACUGUGCAAUAUUGGAUAUUAAAUUAGAUGCGCUAAAAGAACGACGCACACCACAACCGCAAGACCUGCAAAAGAUUAACCAAACAUGCCAAAAAGCAAUUAAAAAUUUCUUAGAUUUUGCAAAAUCAUACACGGACAAAGACGGUGCCACGAUCAAGGCCAAUGCCGAUGCUGAAGAGCAACGUAAUGUGCUCUAUGCCUACUUUCAUUUGGGACGCUUACAUUUUAAAAUGAUUACACCCGAUUUGAGUGUACAAUUGGAGAAUAUGAAUAAUAGCCUUAAAUAUUAUAAACUCUUUACGGACGAAUGUGCAGCUAGAAAGGAGGUAGCUGAAACACUAAAUGCCGAAGUUGGUGUUUGUCGUGAAAUGGUAAAUUUGCUGCCGCUUAAAAUUGCCAAUAUAAAGAAACGUUUGCCAAAGUAGAUGAAAACAAAAUUAAUAUAUAUGUAUAUUUACAAUUAUGACUAAUUUAUUUAUUGCAUUUAAAUCAUAUGUGAAAAUGGGCAGGUUGAGCAUUUCUUUCUAUUGCGUGGAGGCUAAGAGCUUCUUUUGCAUGUUGGCAACGUUCGCAGAAAUAUAAUUUUAAAUUUGUUCGGAUUGCAAUAAAUUAAUUUAUUUACUUAGGAACGAAAUAAUAACUUCUAGCCAAAGUGAGAUAUAAACAUACACAUGAAAUGUAAUAGUAGUUAUUUCAUGUAAUUAAUAUACUACACAUUUAUUUAGGUGGAUGCUUCUUGAAUACUUAAACGAUUCGUCCGUCUAAGGGCUGUGCACAAAACAUUCUCUGUAUUUCUGAACCUUCUAGUCAUAAUCUAUCCACACUAAAAACAAAAGAGCUAACGUAGGAGAGCAAAAA